AUGCGUCCCCUCUCGCUGGAAACCGGUUCCGGGGGCGAUGGAGUCAUACCUUGUGAUGCUCUGGAACCCAUCGCUAUCGUUGGCUUAGCCACCCGAUUUCCACAACAAGCAACGACUACCAAGAGCCUGUGGGAGCUUCUCCUACAGGCCCACUCAACAUGGUCAUCGAUACCCAAAGAACGCUUCAACUCGGACGCCUUCUAUCAUCCAGACCCCGAGCAUGGUGGAACAUUUCAUAUCGAAGGAGGUCACUACCUCUCAGAAGACCCCGCCUACUUCGAUGGCUCCUUCUUCAAUAUCAUCAAGAAUGAGCUCUUGACAUUGGAUCCGCAGCAGCGGCUGGUACUGGAAAAUGUCUACCACGCCUUGGAAAAUGCAGGCAUUCCAUUGACUACUGCGGUUGGCUCCAACACAUCGGUUUUUGUCAGUGGAUUCAACCAUGACUACCUGGGUAUCCUCAAUUCAGACCCAGAAACAACUUUAAAAUACAAGCCCACAGGUGUCACCAAUGCUAGCCUGUCCAACCGUGUCAGCUGGUUCUUUGACUUCAAAGGACCCAGCAUGACCAUUGACACGGCUUGUUCCAGCAGCUUGGUGGCGCUGCAUCUCGCUGUACAGAGCUUACGUGCCAGAGAGACGAACAUGGCUGUCGUCAGUGGUGUGAGCAUUCUUGAAAAUCCCGUGGAAACCAUCGGCAUGAGCCACCAUGGUCUGUUGGGACCUCAAGGGCGGUCUUUCAGCUUCGACUCCCGCGCCGAAGGUUAUGCACGAGGUGAAGGCGUGGGCACAGUUGUAGUGAAGCCUUUGAGUGCGGCUAUCAGAGACGGAGAUACCAUUCGUGCGGUUAUUCGGGAGACUGGAGUCAACCAGGAUGGCCGCACGCCAGGAAUCACCGUUCCCAGCGCAGAUGCCCAAGAAAGAUUAAUCCGUGAGGUCUAUUGGAGAGCCGGUCUGGACUUCGAACACACAAGAUUUGUUGAAGCACACGGCACGGGAACAAGCACAGGUGACCCAAUCGAAGCGGGCGCUCUUGCGAGAGCAUUCAAAUGUCGCCGAGAGACUCCACUUUACGUUGGGGCGAUCAAGUCUUCCAUUGGGCAUCUAGAAGGUGGCUCAGGUGUGGCAAGCAUCAUCAAAUCUAUUCUAACUCUUGAAUCUGGGAUCAUACCUGCAAACUUUGAUAUGAAGGAGACAAAUCCCUCCAUUCCCGCAGCGGACUGGAACAUUGCGUUCCCUACCGAGGCUCUUCCAUGGCCAUCGCCAGGACUGCGAAGAGUGUCAGUCAACUCAUUUGGAAUUGGUGGCACCAAUGCUCACUGCAUUCUUGAUGACGCUUACCACUAUCUCAAUGACCGCCGUCUUACAGGUGCCCACCGAACCACAUCUACUGUUCCCACAACCCAGAAAAUCAAGAGCCGGCUCUUGGCCCUGUCCCGAUCAGGAAAUGAAUCAAAUCACGUCGUGACGGAUUCAUUCGACGACAGCGAUCAUUCUGGGCAUGGGAAUACCUUUAUGGACACGCCCACAAGUGAUGGAUUUUGUGAAUCACCAACAUUUACAUCAUCCACAUACACCAGCUUGGUCGAGAAACCAAAGGUGUUCUUUCUCUCGGCUUUCGACGAAGAUGGCGUCAAGCGGAACGCAGCUGAACUCGCCAAGUACUUGAACCGGAGAACCACACAGUCGGUUCUCCAUGACCAUCUCCUUGAUGAUAUCUCCUUCACCCUGUCAAAAAAACGAUCCCAGUUUCCCUGGAGAAGUUUUGUAAUGGCGUCCUCGGUCAAAGAGCUCGCAUGGAACAUGGCAGAAUCGAAUUUUGCCAAGCCAACCAGAACCACCAGAGUGCCAGAGGUUGAAUUUGUUUUCACUGGCCAGGGGGCCCAAUACCAGGCCAUGGGUCGAGAGCUCAUGGUCUACCCCGUUUUUCAAGAGUCUGUGGAGGAAGCAUCGGACUAUAUUCGCCGGCUCGGUAGUCCGUGGUCGCUACUUGAGGAGCUAUUGACUGAAAGACAGUCACCCCGAGUUAACUUGCCCGAGAUCGCUCAUCCAUUGUGCACAGUCUUGCAAAUAGCGCUCGUGGAUCUCUUGGCCAGUUGGGAAAUCUUCCCAAAACAUGUAACGGGUCACUCGUCCGGCGAGAUAGCUGCUGCUUACUGCUCUGGCAAACUCUCCCGCGAAGGCGCCUGGAAGGUUGCGUACUACCGUGGAUAUGUAUCAUCCAAGCAGCUUUCCGCAAAUGGAGCGAUGAUGGCCGUGGGUUUGGGUGUAUCACAACUGCAGCCCUAUCUGGACUCUGUGAAAAAGGACAACACUGGGGAGCUCAUCAUUGCCUGCCGCAACAGUCCCAAGAAUAACACUGUGUCUGGAGACGACGCUAUGAUUGACUGCCUCAAGAGUCUUCUCGAUGCUGAUGGCAUCUUUGCUCGAAAGUUGAACGUCAAGAAUGCUUAUCACUCGGCCCACAUGCAUGCGAUUGCCCAGGAUUACCUUCGUCUGAUGAGAACGCCCGGGCUUUCUCACGGAAGACGGCUCGCAGCUCCACACCAAGUGCAUAUGUUUUCCACUGUUACAGGACAGCAAGUCAAAGAGGAACAUCUGCCUGCUCAAUAUUGGGUGGAUAAUAUGGUUUCUCCUGUUCUUUUCACAAGAGGUUUGGUUGCCAUGACCUCAAAUCCAAUUUCCAGCCAUGGCUCAACCGAUUCCACUGAUUCUCUGCGCCUUAUUGUGGAAAUAGGGCCUCACUCAACCCUGCAAAGUGCCAUCAAAGAGACACUGGCCUCGCAGAGUCCCAAGUUGGAAUUCAAGUACCUGACAGUUCUUAAACGGACAGAUCACAGCCUCAACACUCUACUCACUACAGUCGGCUUCCUAGCUUCAUGUGGAUGUGAACUGGACUUCCAUGCUGUAAACCAAGCUGUUCACUCAAAGGCAAAAAGGCGGCCCAGAUUGUUGGUGGACCUGCCACCAUACAGCUUCAAGCAUACCGAGAAGAUUUUAUUUGAGAGUCGACUGAGCAAGAAUCUUCGAACUCGAAACUUCCCUCGUCAUGACCUAUUUGGUGCACCAAUCACGGAUUGGAAUCCUACUGCUCCAAGAUGGAGACAUUUUGUCCGAUUGAGCGAGAACCCCUGGCUAAGGGAUCAUAUGGUUACUGGCAACCACGUCUACCCUGGCGUGGGUUACUUGAUCAUGGCAAUUGAAGCAUCGAGGCAGUUGGCCGGCGAGGCAAAGAUCAUUGGUUUCCAACUACGAAAAGUCAACAUCCGAAGAGCCUUGAUUGUACCCGAUACCAAAGAAGGAAUCGAAGUCUCCUUGGCAAUGGCAAAUGUCGAAGACUCCUCGACGUCGUCACGAACGUGGCGGCGGUUCCAGAUAACUUCCUACAAUGCAUCGAGCGACGAGUGGACAGAACACUGCACUGGUCACAUCACCGUCGACCACGAAACGGCUUCUGACCCAGUGGACAAAGGCCGCGAAGCAGAAGAAGAAAGCCGAGCAUUGGGAUCGGAACUUUUCAGCGCAAAUGAGACAUGCACCAAAUCCAUGGCGUUCAAAUCAACAUACAACAACCUCCAAACAUCCGGCCUCAAUUUUGGUCCUUUGUUCAGAAACCUUACAGACGUUCUGGCAAGUGGGCGUGGGUUUGGGAAGGUUGUUGGAACAGUGACUGUUCCGGACAUUGCACAGUCUAUGCCAAAGCAGUAUCUACAUUCUCAUCUCAUCCACCCUGCCACAAUGGAUAGCAUGAUUCACUUGAUGAUAGCGGCUGUUCUUGACUUUACCGGCAAGUCCACCUUGGAUCAGAUCAGAUUGCCAACUUUCAUACGCGAUGUCUGGGUUUCAGCGGAUCUGAAUUCAGCCCCUGCCCACAAAUUCACAGGACAUGCAACCGUGUCCAUGGUGGGAUCUGAUAAAUUUGAGGGCCAAAUCCAAAUGUCAGAUGAAGGAACGAACACUCACCGCAUCCGCAUGGACGGUAUCGAGCUCACUCCACUGGAGUCUGGUCUUGCUGAAAGCAAUGAGCGAAAGCUAUGCAGCGCAAUUGAAUACAAUCCCGACGUUCAUUUCCUCGACUCAAAAUCGGCCUGUGCACUGACUUCUCUCAAUGCCACCGAUGACACCGAGGCUCUGUGCUGGGUGAAGCGUCUUCAGCUUGCAACGAUGCUCUACGUAAUGGAUGCACUAGACGAGCUCAAGGAUAUCGAUGUUAUGAAACUCGAUUUACACAUGCGAAGAUUCUUUGACUGGAUGGAGCAUAUGCAAGGAUUGCUCGAGCGCAAUCAAAUAAUCCAUCUGCCUUACAGCGAAUUCCAGGAGGCUUUCCAAGACGAGGCUUUCAAGGAAGCCAUUGGCAAGGAAAUCGAGGCCCACAGCGCCGAGGGUGCUAUCACCGCCCGAAUGGGCCGCAACAUUGCCCAGGUUGUACGCCAGGAGACUGAUCCGCUGCAUCUCAUGUUCGGUCAAGAUGCCGUGAUGGAACAGGUGUACAAGGAAGGCCUCCACUUGUAUAACCUGCCGCAGCAUCUACAGAACCACUUGUCUCUCCUCCGCCACCAGCAUUCCGAGCUGAACAUCCUUGAGAUCGGCGGUGGCACUGGCAGCUUCACUGCUGAAAUCCUGGCCGUCCUUUCGCCAGACCUUGCGAAGAGCAAAGGAAACAUUGCCAGCUACACAUUCACCGACAUUUCAUCCGGCUUCUUCGAGAAAGCAAAACAGCGUUUCCAACCGUGGUCCGAUAUCAUGAACUUCCAAUCGCUCAAUAUCGAGAGAAGCCCCGUCGAUCAGGGACUCCAGCUGGGGACAUAUGACCUGAUAUUCGCCGGCAAUGUCAUCCACGCCACUGCAAACCUGCAGAACACAUUGCAGAACCUGCGAUCUCUAUUGAAGCCGGGUGGUCAGCUCAUCAUGCAGGAAGGAAUCAGACAGGAUUUCCUCUGGUAUCCACUUGUCUUCGGUCAGCUUCCUGGGUGGUGGCUGGGCGAUGAGCCGUGUCGUCAGUGGUGUCCCUACAUCCCGGCCAAAGAAUGGAAUCCUCUGCUGCUGAAAGCGGGAUUCUCAGGGAUCGAUGUCGAGUAUCCCAGUUCGAACGAUCCAGAUUUAACAUGGCAGAGCAUCUUGGUUUCUUCUGCCAUCGAAACACCGAAGGAGGAGUCAUCGAAUACUGCGGUUAUCUUGACACUUAACACAUGGAAAGCCGGGCAGGUCAUUCAGAACCUCCAAGGGCUUCUGCCAGAACUGGGAUACACGAGUGUGCUCGCGAAGGACCCUGCAGAAGUGGAAAAUUCCAUCCUGUCGGAUGCACUUUGCAUCUCAAUAAUGGACUUGGAGUCUCCUUACCUUUUCGAUAUAAACGAAGCAGAAUACAACACACUCAAGAAGAUGCUCAGUGAGUGCCAAAGCCUACUGUGGGUGACCUGCGAUCCCCUCACACAGCCACACGCAAGUAUGAGCCUUGGUCUUCUCCGAACAGUGCGCUGGGAGCGCGAUGCCGAUGGCUCAAAUAUUGUCAUCCUGACAGAGGCGGAGCCAGACAUCGCUUCGCCGAAGAGUCUUGCUACAGCUGUCGGCAAGGUUGUCAAGCGGCAAUUCGUGGACAAGCCAGAGAAAGAUCGCCACGCCGAGUACAUGUUGCAGAAUGGUCUCAUACAUAUUGGCCGUUUGAACGAGUGGGAGGCUGCGGAUCAGUUCCUUGCUGCGCAGUCCUCUCGGCGUGCUCCGAAGCUUCAACGCCUCGGUGAUUAUGAUACUCCCAUUGGGUUGCAGGAGGCUGCUGUUAGCACCGGGGAAUACCACUGGGUCAUAGAUACGCGGCAUGAAGAACCGCAAAAAGACACAGAGGUCGAGAUUGAGAUCCGAGCAAUUGGUCUCUCUUCGGAUGUUUCCGCCGGCCGCCUCACGAAUGAGAUUGCUGGUGUUGUGAGCAAGGUUGGACCGGACGUUGAAGGCCCGGCCCCGGGUGACAGAGUCAUCUACAUCUCGGGCGACAAAAAGGGUGGUUGCAUCCAAACACACGUUCGAGCUAAUCAGCUGCAGCUGGUGAGAAUCCCCGAUGAGAUCUCGUUCGAAGUUGCAGCUGGUUUGGGUUGGGCAUACGCGACAGCAAUCCAAGGACUUAGGGAGAUAGCUCAUUUGGAACCCGAACACACUAUCCUGAUCCAUACUGGUGCAACCGAUAUCAGUCAAGCAGCCAUUCAAUAUGCCCAGAUGAUUGGAGCUACAAUCUACGCUACUGUGGGAACGGUCGAAGAACGUGAUUUGCUUGUCUCUGACUACGGUAUCUCUCCAGACCGUAUCUUCUCUAGGAGAGAUCUGAGCUUCGUCAAGGGUAUCAUGCGGUGCACACAGAAUACUGGGGUUGACGUCGUCUUCAAUGCACUGAGCGGCGAAGCACUUCGGGGCUCAAUGACAUGCCUUGCUCCAUUUGGGGCAUUUGUUGAUGUGUCGAAUCCAGAUCUGCGAGCUGAUACCACAGUCGAGAUGGCCUCUUUUCCUCGCAAUGUGAGCGUCCACACCGUCGACAUUUGUUUACUGGCUCAACGUCGACCAAAAUGGGUUCGUCUUCUGCUCACCGAGGCACUGAGAUUUUACUCAGAAGGCAAGAUCGGUCAACUCCGAACAACAACUGUCAUGGACUUCACCCAGAUCAAAGAGGGUAUACAAGCUGCGCAGAGCGGCAAAGCAGCAAAAGUUGUGAUUGCACCACAUUCAUCCAACAUGGUCCCUGUGGUUCCACAACCACUCUGGCCAUGUCACUUUGAUCCACACGCCUCGUACGUUCUUGCUGGUGGCUACGGCGGCUUGGGUCGCAGUUUAGCACGAUGGAUGGCAUCUCGGGGUGCAAUGAGUCUGAUUAUUCUAUCCCGCUCGUCGGCUUCGAGCCCAGAGAAAGUGGAAUUGAUUGCCGAUCUCGACAUAAUGGGAUGCAAGGUUCAUUCGCUGGUCUGUGAUGUGGCCGAUGUCUCUAGCCUCCAACAAUUGUCCGAAGAAGCCUUUUCCGAUCUACCUGCUAUCAAAGGAUGCAUUCAAGCAUCCAUGGUCCUACGGGACGGCGCCUUCGCCGGACUCUCCUUUAGCGACUGGCAAGCAGCCAUCAGACCCAAAGUUCAAGGAUCCUGGAACCUGCACACAGUCCUACCAGACAACAUGGACUUCUUCAUCAUGCUCUCCUCAGUCGCAGGCAUUUUCGGCAACCGCGGACAAUCAAACUACGCCGCAGGUAAUACCUUCCAAGACGCGCUGGCCGCAUACCGCGUCUCGAAAGGCAUGCCGGCCGCCAGCAUCAACCUGGGCAGCGUAUCCAACGUCGGGUGGGUAGCCGAGAACCGAAGCUCGAUGCGCACGCACACAGCAACGUUAUUCGAGCUUCUCCGCGAAGAAGAAGUCCACGCAACGGUCGACUUCCUCAUCCGCGACCAGCAAGACGGCGGUAAUGCAUCGUCGCGCUCACAGCUCGUCCUCGGUCUGCCGACUGCGGAGAUGUGUCGUCAGAACGGCGUGCCGCUUCCUACGUACCUGAAUUACUCGAUGUUCACGCACUUCCGUAACACGGCGACUGCGAAGAGCAGUGAGGUCGUUCACCAGAAGACUGUCAGCACUGCUGCACUUUUCUCGGCGGCUUCUGGCUUCGAGGGUGCUGUGGCUGUUGUGUCCGAUGGUAUUGUUGAGAGACUCGCUUCGCUGCUUGCUAUUCCCUGUUCGGAACUCGAUGCUCAGCGGUUCGGCUUUGGCGGUAUUGACUCCCUUGUUGCUAUGGAGUUCCGGGCGUGGAUUGUUAAGGAGCUUAAGGCUGAUGUUUCUUUGCUUGAUAUUAUGGGGGCAGAGAAUAUUAGGGCUUUGAGUGAGAAGAUUGCUGGCAGGAGUCGUUUGAAUGCAGGAGGAUCUGGUUCUUAA